AUGACACAUUUCAUUAGAGAUCUUGGUAAAAUUGAAAGAUUUUUCCACGCUUUAAAUCAAUUUGUUUUUGAUUGGGGAGGAGAUUUAAGUUUUGAAUCAUUAUUACUCAAGAUUAAUCAAGAAAGAUUUGAAAAAUAUGGUGUUGAAGAACAAUUAUUUCGUUUGAUCUUAACAGGUGAUUAUUCUGUAAUAAUUAUGGAUCAUUCAAUAUUUGAUGGAGGAUCAGUUAUUAAUUUAGCUAAUGAAUUAUUUAUUGAUGAUUUCAAACCAAAUGAAAUAAAUUCUAUUCAAGAACCAAUUUAUAAAUAUGAUUCAGGGCAUACUGUUUCAAAACCAUUAGAAAGAUUAAUUGAUUUCCAAGCUUUUAAACAAGGUGAAAGAUUAGAAUCUGAAUUGAUAAAAUUUCAAACAAGUAUUAAAAAUUAUGGAUCAAAUCAUCAUUUUAUUGUUAAAACAACACAAAUUCCAAAUUUAUCAAAUUCAUUAACUUCAAAUAUUCAAAAACAAUGGGUUCAAGCAAGUAUAAAUACAUUUCCAAAUAAGUUCCCCAUUGGUUUAAAAUAUGGAACAUGUUUUGGAGUUGAUGGUAGACCUUUUUUACCAACUGAUGAUGAUAUUAGAUAUGGAUGUUAUUCACCUGGUUAUUUCCAAAAUAUUGAUCCUAAAAUUGAUACAAAAUUAUAUAGUGAUGAAUUAAGAAAUGAAGCUAAAAGUGGUGGUGUUUGGCAACCAUUCUUGUCAAUGUUUGAAUCUGAUGAAAAGGUUAAUUGGGUUGAAAGAUUUGGAAAUGGGUUGAACAAUAAUAUUGAAAGAGAUUUUUUUGGAAUUACAAAUAUUGGGAAAUUAAAAAUUAAUGGUUGGUUUACUCAAUCAACUUUUAAUUUAGAAUUUGCAUUUGGUGUUGUUGUUAUGAGAUUUAAUAAUGAAUUAAGAUUAAUUUUCACAAUGGUUGAUAAUGAUUUUAUUAAAAUUGAUGAAUGGGAAUUAAUUAUUGAAGAAUUUUUAAGAAUUUUGAAGUAA